AUGAGUCUGACAGGGGAGACGAAACCCACUUUCCUGGGAAACCAGUCAGAGCCUCAGCUCUUGGAGAGGCUAUUGAACUUGGAUAUCGACUUCAAGCCCGAAGUAUGGCGACCUCAGCGAAAGUGGGACGAGCUCGAUAGCGAAGAGACGGAAGUAGAGAAUCGCCUCAGCAGGAUUUUGGGAGGCUUGCGAGAACCGUACAACCGAGAGGCAAUGCUCAUGGACGCCGCAAGAAUUUCUCGGCUCGGAACUCUUCGGGACGAAAAGAAAGAGCGCUUUUUCCAAGAUGAGAUCCAACCUGACAUUGUCGCCAAGGCGAACGUUAUUCUCAACAGCCACGAGGUCUGGGAUGAAGUCAAUUCUCUGAUGAGAAGGGCCGAAGAGGAGGACAACCUGGGUCUCUCACCCUUCUCUAACGGAGACUCGACAGAGGUCCUUCGUCUUCUCCAGCGAUUUACGAGUUGGCAGGCUCCGAACCUGCGAUUCGAUCGCUACGUUCUGAAACCUGAGACCGACGGCAAGGCGGGGUACAGCAUUCGAGGCUACCUCAGAGAUGUGCUGAUCCUUCUUACCAUGAAGUGUUUCUGGGACCGUAAUCAGCACCUGGAGUGGGUGCCUGAUAUCCAUCCCGCCGCCAUCCGCCAGGCGGAAGAUUUUGCCAGCAAGGUCGGCAAGCGGGCUAUUCAGGAACUGAAUCGAGCCCUGGACACGAAACUCAAGAAGGCCAAAGGCACUACCAAGACGCGCAUGUUCCCGCAGAGUCCCAAGGAGAGGAAGAAGCUUGCUCGUCGCUUCUUGUCAGGCCUGCCGAAGUGCAAGCCCACGAAGGUUGUGGAUCAUGCGGGUUCUGGACAUCGAUCUCAGUACCGCAAGCAAGUCGCAUACGGUCGUCAAGUCAGAUUCAUCGUUUCUCACGAGGACCCGAGAAAGGAGAUCAAGCUAUCGCCCCUGCGUGCCUUGGCCAAACAAUACAACCUGUCGAUACACACCUACAAGCAGCUUAUGGCGUUCAUGUACUCAGACGAUCGACAACAUUUGGUCUCUGAGUAA